GCCAGCGUUCCGAUUCACGGCUUGGCCGAGCCCAGGGCCACUAUGCGCGAAGACGUUGUGGUGGACGUGUCUUCAGUCAUCUGUUGCCCAAGAGCCGCGAGUCUCAAACAAUUGGUGCCGGAACCCUGCGACCAACAUCGUUUCACAGCUGGGGUCUCUCAUCGCGACCUGCCAAGGAGGCAUAAAGUCUGUCCAUGUUCGGAACGAACAUGCACGUUCUGGCAAGGAAAGGAUGGCGUCACGGAGUCUGAUUGCCCUACGCGCAUGAAAGCGAGAGACCGGAUGGCAGUAGACGUGGCCGGGUCAGGGCUUGUGAGGCCGUUUUAGGUUACCUGUCGACAACAUGAAGCUAGACGACAGCAUCCAACAUGAGCUUGGCAUGAACCUGGGGCUCAUCUUUUUGGUGGUCAUGGGGCUCAUCCUCACGCCUGGUGCGAUCUGGGGUCGUUGCCAGGGUCGGGCGAGCCACCUUGUUUCGUCGCCUCUUUUUCGGUGUUUGAAACAAUUCUUGUCUUGGGGGACUAGCAGCGUCGUUUUUGUUUUGGCGGUCAAGCUGCGUAGGGUACCGCUUACGUGGGUGGGCGGAAUACGCGGCCAAUUGUUAGAAUGUGCCCGGCGGUCAGCCUCAUCACUCUAUCUACGUCUCUCUCUCUUUCGCUGUCGUGACGAGCACACAGAUUCAUUCACGAUACGACUCUCGUGGAGCAGCAAGUGGAGAGGGGUGAUGCCGAUGGACCGCGGCAUCUCGGGCACCCUGGUCUCCCCGUCCCGAUCUGGCCACGGCCUAGUGGAACCCCAAGCGCCCGGAACCGAUUGCAACCGUGCACUUCUGAGGCAGCUCGGUCUCCAGGAUCCCGGUAUCCCGGCACCAACCCUCUCCCGAUGUGACCUGGGAAAAGACGGGCCUUCGGUCCGCUGCCGUGAAGUUGCUGGCUCCCGUUCCCCGUCCCGGAUGAUUACGAAAGCUGGCCAGGCCGCGGGCUCCGCACCUCGGCAUCAUCGGAGGACCAGUACCGCACGGAAACCUCGGGGUGUUGGGCAAGGCAUUUCCGCGGAGUCGUCCGUUGCAUCCAAUCCCCCUCAAUUGACCAAUAUGGUUUCUCGACCGCCUGUUGUAGUGCAAAGGAUUCCCGAACCCAGCCAGAUUAUCCUUAGAGCAAAGCAUCAAAACUCAGUUGAACACCCAGGUGUCUUUCCAAACAGAGCCUCGAGCGCAAUCUGACUCUUUCAUUCUGACAUGAACGCUGGGACAGCGGCAAGAAGAUGCAAUGCCCACAAUGGGCACGCUCCCAGGUCUAGCGUCGCGCACUGUUGGACCACGACCACGUCUGUGAGCGGUCCAACGCACAGGGAGAGGCGUCAUCACAAGUUGGAGAUGACGAGUAACCCCUAGUCUGGAUGAACUCACCAUUGCAGAGCCGCGGCUGAUGAGCAGCGACAUGAUGUUAUCCCAGGGGCUGAAAAUAACAAUGAGCGAGACGUAUUGAGGAU